AUCCAGCCACACCAAGUGAAUACCAUUGAGUGUAUAUAUAAGAGUCAUCUAGAGGUUGUGAGAUCCCUAGAAAAGUCCACACAUCUGCGUGAAGGUUCAACCUGUCCCAAAUUCUUUUCAUCGACAGUCUUUGCAUAUUCCAAGAGAUGACAGCGAUCGUGGAUCUAACUACAGAGCAAGGGCUCGGCGCCUAUCUUUCCAAGCGUUUAAUUGAGUAUGAAGACAUUGUUAUGCUCACUGGCGACGGCCAAAAAAACAUAUACAAGCAUGCAGCUCCAUAUCUACAUUCCAAUAACGACUUUGCCUUCGACCCCACCCGCAUGGACUAUGAAAGCCACGCUCUCCAGACAUUAGCCCCACUACCAGUCGCGACGCUUCCGAAAGCUAAAGUUCACGCCGUUGGCUGGCACAGCUACGAUCAAGAGCAUAAACUUCUGUGCAUCGAGGAUGGGGGAACGCGAAACCUGAAGACUGCAUACAUCGAUGAAAGCCUCGACAUACCUCAGAUUGGUCAAGAUCUCGGAAAUUGGGUUGCUUCUCUUCAUCUUUCCACGGUGAAAACACCACUUUCACUUCAAGAUCCACAUGACUUGGGGUCAAACAAUCCCGUUGGAGUAUCCAUUUACCGGCACACAUACAACAAUCUCCACAUUGCACUGGCCAAAUAUGAUUACGAUGUAGGCUUAGCAAAGCUGAUUAACGAAGAGUAUGGGAGUAAAUUGGCAACAGACAAUGAAUGCAUCUGUCACGGCGACCUCUGGCCCGGUAACGUGCUUGUGAAACUGGACGAAACCGGCGAAUCUCACGCUGAGCUUACCGUGGUAGACUGGGAGAUGGUUAGGAGAGGCACGUCUGCUACUGAUGUUGCUCAAUUUGCUGCUGAGGCAUUCUUGCUGAAUCGCUUUCACGCAAAGCGUCCGCUUCUAUCUAAUUUCUUCAAAGCAUAUUUCAAAGCAAGAGAGGGUGAAGGGAUCCCACUAGGCAGAGGCUGGGCGAAGAGGGUGCUCAUACAUUGGGCGGUACACAUUGCGUACUGGCCCAUACGCGUGAAGUGGGUCGGUGAGGAGGGCACGAGGAAGUUAGUCGAUCUUGGAGUGUCAAUGUUGAAGGCGCUUCUUGCAGAUGAUUGGGACCAAGUGCGUACAUCUGAGUUGCUACAAGAUAUUAUUCCACAGUGGGAAGCUGUGUUAAGUAGACCGUAGCCAUGUUCAUUUACAAGACGAGUGCGAAAUUUUCAUCCAUCC